CACCUUGUGCGUCAUCAAAAUGUCAAACAACAAAAACGAACAAAGCAAAAACAGAAAUUUGAACAUGUAAUUUUGUGAUUUAACUUAAAGCCACACUAUCAAAAUAGUGUUUAGGAAUGUUACGGAACAUUACGUUUUAACAGAACGAUCAAAUUGUAUUAGGGAUGGCUGAUGAAUAUUCGUCAUGGGUGGGUUUGAUUUACGUUUUCAAUUUAAUUGUGGGCACUGGUGCCCUUACUCUCCCCUCGGUGUUUGCCGGGGCGGGAUGGCUCUUAAGUACAAUUUUAGUGAGUCUUUUAGCACUGGUCAGUUUCAUAACAGUGACUUUUGUUAUUGAAACGAUGGCUUGUGCUAACGCCACAGUCCAUUGGAGACGCGUCCAGUCUCACAAAACUGAUGAAAGUGAAGUACCUGCUGACAGUGAUUCCGAACCUGAGAACACAACCGAAGAAACCGCCAUUAUGAGCAUAAACCGUCGAAGGAAGCGCUACUAUAAUCUAAAUACAAAGGUAGAAUUAGGCGAAAUGGCCAAACUCUAUUUUAAUAAAUUCGGCCAGUUGUUGUUUUACGUCUCACUGUGUAUUUAUCUAUACGGUGACUUAGCUAUUUACGCCACAGCCGUCUCGAAAACAAUAGUGGACCUCACCUGUAAGUCGUACAAUAACGAUACAGAAGAUUAUAGUACUAAGUGUUCCGAUUCGUUAAAUGUUGCAAAAAUUGACAUGUAUCGUAUAUUUGUGGCCAUUUUUGCGUUAUCGGUUGGUCCAUUCACUUAUUUUAAAGUCCAAAAAACCAAAUAUCUCCAGAUUGUUACAACAGCCCUGCGAUGGUCAGCGUUUGUUAUAAUGAUCACGCUGGCGUGUAUCAGAUUGUCAAAAAAUGGACAAGAAGGCCACCCUGAUUUGGUUCAUUUGAGCGGUGUUCCGAGCCUGAUUGGCUCAAGUAUUUAUAGUUUUAUGUGCCAUCAUUCGGUUCCUGGUCUAAUAGCGCCUUUUGCCAAUAAGCAGCAUGUUAUUCGCCAAAUCGGUUUGGAUUAUUUGUCGAUCUGCUGUUUUUAUUUGUUGUUAGCAAUGACUGGUUCUUUUGCGUUUGAAACUUUGGAUGACUUGUAUACGCUCAAUUUUAUUCCAACGGAAUCAGACGAUUCUGGCGUUUUUAUGGAAGUCAUAAAGUAUUUUCUGGGAGCUUUUCCCUUGUUUACGCUUUCUACGAGCUUCCCAAUUAUCGCAAUUACGCUACAGAAUAAUUUAAAGUCCCUGUUUCUUGAUAUUAACGUCAUGGAGAGAUAUAAUUUUUUUGUGCGGAGACUAGCGUUCCCUACACUUGCGGUGGUUCCCCCGAUUGUUGUGGCGUUUUCUACGCACAAUUUGAGGACUUUGGUGGCGUUUACAGGCUCAUAUGCUGGCGUUUUAAUACAGUAUAUUAUACCAGCUUGUUUGGUGUAUUUUGCUCGCCAACAUUGCGCAAGAAAUAUCGGGAAUUAUGACAAUAAAUAUUCUAGUCCAUUUAGACACGUCUUUUGGUUCACUUUUGUGAUAGGUUGGUCAAUAUUUUGCGUUAUUUUUGUCACGGCCAAUUUUAUUAUGCAGGAAAUACAUACAAAAUAGUUAUUAUUUUAUACUUGUACCAGGUGAAUCAACUUUUAUCCGCUGUCAUACUAUUUAGUGUGAAAACUCGGAAAAUGUGUAUGCUAGGGAGAAAUAAAUGCUAGGAGGCAAAAUAACGAGAUUUUCUGUACCCAAAAAUUUAGUACAGGGGAACAAAAAUGAGGGCGCUUCGAGCCCUAGUUCACUAGUUCAAUUUGUUCACUAAUUGCGUUGAGUAUCAAGCUGAGAUAUACUGAUGACUAAAGUUUUUACUUUACUUAAAUUAUAGAAUUAUUUAAAAUUAUUAGAGAAAUGUAAAAAGUAUAAUUUUUUUAUUUCAAUGCUCUAAAAUUUAAAGUUAUGUAAAGAGCACGAUAAGGGAUAUAAUGAUAAAAUGUAUAAUACAAUGGUAUUUUUUUGAAAUUUAUACAAAGUAAAAAUUAUAAGCUAUAAACAUUAAGCGUAAAAAAAAACUCAAAGGAGUAAAAUGCAUUUGUUUAUAGUUUUUACUCCUAUUAUUUAUUUUGUUACACGUUGAUUUCAUAUAGCUAGCACAUAGCUCCCAAGAAGGAAUUUCGUAUACGAGUAAAUAAAAAAUAAUCAAAAAGUAAGUAAAAAAUCGUGAAUUAGAAAAACGUUUAAACUUAAAAGGUUGACUUGGGAGCGUUAACAACUCGUUUUUUUAUAUUUAUUCACUUAUGUACACUUAUUUUACACUUAUUGACUAUUAACACUUCUACAAUAAUUAUCACACUUUGAAUACAAAUAUUUUUGUUUUAUUUUAUUUUUUAUUGUAACUUUAUUUUGACGAUAAUAUAAUAUAAAAAAUAGAGAAACCGUUUUUAAAAACUUUUUACAUAAUGUUAAUUUAAAUUAUUACAAGUUUUGUGAACAAUCAAAGAAAUACAAAAUCUGUACACAUUGUAGGUUUUAACAACAAACAUUAAACAUUUAUUUUGUGCUAAAAUAACAUAUUACAAUCUUGUACAUACGUUAACAGAAUACAUGGAAUAAUUAGUAUAGACGAAACUAAACAGAUGCUAAGGAAAAUAUUUUUCUGUAUUACUAUUUUAAAAAUCACUUUUAAGUAGUUUUAAGACAAGCAUUCAGUGGUUUUAGAAAACAAUGACAUUUUCGUGCCAUAAUACCUAAAAUUUCAAGAUCUUCAUGCUCAAUAUUUAAAGAUUCAUAAAAAACAUGUCAAUAAUUAUCAAUUGUUCUAAAUUUUUUUCAAGUAGUUUUAUUUUACCGCUUGAGUUGGAAUGUUGGAUCCAAUAAAUUACUAAUACAAAAUUAAAAAAAAUCUUAAGUUGCUAUUUAUUUUGCAUUGAAAAACGUCAAAAAUUUAUUUUGAAUUAAUUGCAAUUAAACGUUCUGUUAACACGGCCUUAAGGCCCGAUUUCUGGUACUAUUAAACUUCAGUUAAAUUUAUCUCUCCGAUUAUUAUGUUUCUAGAAACUGGGCCUAAUGACUCCAUUAGCAAAAGUUUGCCGCAGGGCGGUCUUUUUUAUUUUAAUUUCUCAUUGUUUAUAUACAGUUUUCUUUUUUACAAAUUGUUAACUAUUUCAAUUUAAAUCAAUCGUAUACGCAACGUUUUGAAAACGGCCGGUUUAUAGAAAGCUCAAUUAAAAUUUAAUGCGUUGUUAAUAGUUAAUUUUGAAGCAAGAAUGAAAGAAGGGGGUUUGAGUUUCUUUAUAAAAAAAUUAGAUACUAAUAAAUUGCUGAGUAAGUAAUAGUCAUUUUCUAAGUAAAAUAUUGUAAAUGCUAGGUAAAAUAAUCUAAUUGUUUGGCAGAAAUGCUUGGUAAAAUAUUUUAAAUGCUGGUAAGUGGUAUGAAGAUUUUUAAAUAAGAUUUGCUAAGAAAAAAAAAAUACGGCUUAUAAAAUGGUAUACCUUCUUAGAUAUUUCACACCCACUUUGCUGAGCUAAAUAUUUAAUAUGCUAGAUAUGGACUAAUUGAACCAAAAAAUCCAUCUUUUUAAAAAAGAUUUUUUAAGUGUUGGAAUGGACAAAUGUAGUGACAUAUUUAGUAGGAGGAAGUAAAAAGUGUUUGACUCUUGUUAUAGGCAAAAGGAUUUGCAUUGAUACAUUUUUUUCCUUUAAAUAUACGAAUUCCGAGUUCAGAGCAUUAUAGAGAAUCUUUUCAGUCCUCCAAAUGUAGAAACAAAAUGAAAAUUCAGGGCUUCCCCACAAGGAUACAUUAUUUGGUUUGAAGGUGAACCAUUUUCUUCAAAUGUAGGCUAAAAAUUUCAAUGUUUAUUGUUAUUUAGGAGUAAAUUUUUGGAGUAAAAAAACUUUUCUCAAAAAUGAUACGGCAAAUUACAAAAAUUUAAGAUUAUUUUUUUACUUCUAAAUAAAGCUAUUUUUUGAAAAAUUCUUUUACAUUAUUAUUCUCCACAAUCAUUUUUACCAUAAAUAAGAAUAAACACUGAAAUUUUUAGCGUGCAUUCGAAAAAAAAACGCAGUUCAAGGAGUGAUUUUCAGACCAAUGUAUCUUUGUGGGGAAGUCCCGAAUCUGUAUUUUUUUCGAUAUGUGAACUACUGGAGUAAUUCUCUACAACGCUUUGUACUGAAUUUGCAAAUUUUCAGACACUUGUAAAUAAUAGUAGUACUUAUGUUUUCACAAGCGUUUAUAAUUUUUAUUUAACGAUAUUAUUUUACGAUUUAUACUUAGGAACUUUUUUAAGCGUUUAAUUUUUGUGGAAGUCCCUUCAAUAAUCAAGGAACUUGUGAUUUUACCAUAUUUAUAAAAGAAUGUUAAUUAAGAAAAAAUCAAGGACUUAUUUCCUCGAAACUUUAGCCACAUUGGUGCGUUAAAUCACACAGUAUCGAUAAAGUAUAAUUGGGAUUAGAAUUAAUAAAGUAAAAAUGAAAAAACUAACUGUUGAACCCAACAAUUGAAAGGUUGAAAAAAAUGUAUAAAACUUUAUUAAAAGUUUAGUUUAACCAGAAAGGAGCGUCUUGAGAGAGAAUUGAUAAAAUUUGUUUCACCUGGUACAGUGUCAUGACUGAUUUUUAGAUUACAGAAGUGUAUUUUUGUAUACAAUAUUUGAUAAAUAAAGUUAUCAAGUUAA